AUGAAAAUCCAUUCGCUCUCGAUCAGCGCGGAAGUGGGCGCAGUAGCCGAACUGCAAAAAGUAGUGAUCGUAAAACCUCCACAAUGUUAUCAAAUAGGUGACCAAGUGUUCCUGUACGCAGGACAUCUUGAGAAUAUCGAUGCUGAUGGGGUUCAAGAUGCUGGUACUUGUGUUUGCCUUAACGGCAUCACCCCACGAAUCUGA